UGUCGGUAUUUGUCGAUGAAGUAAUCUCGGCGUGUUGUUGACAGAUAAACAAGAGCCAAAAGAGGGGCUUUUUCACUUAUUUUCCCGUGAAAAUUCAGGGAAAUGUUGCCGAAUCCUGCAGCGGUAAAGCCAAAGGAAGGCGCGUCAAAAAAUGCCUUCUUUGAACAUGACGAAUUGGAGUCAAUGGCGAAGCAUUUCAUCGGCAGCAUGCAAAGGUACCGGGAGAAUAUUGUGAUUCCCAAAAACUUGGGCCCCGUGAAGAUUCUCACCAAUGAGGAGAAAAUGAUACAGAAUGGCAUGGAUAGUUGUACAUUCAAGUCUAUCAUGGCGUGUGUGAUGGGAUACGGUUUGGGAGCCGCUAUUGGUCUCUUCAGUUCCUCUGUCAAUCCAAAUAUCGCCACUCCGGGCGUGGAAAAGCAGCAAACAGCGAGGGAGAUUUUCCGGGAGAUGAGAACAACAACUCAUGGAUAUGCUAAGAACUUUGCCCUCAUCGGAGCUGUGUUCUCGGCUGUGGAGUGCUCAAUUGAGUCCAGUCGAGGGAAAUCCGAUUGGCGCAAUGGCACCUAUGCGGGUGCGAUAACAGGUGGCCUAAUCGGAGUGAGAGCGGGCAUCAAAGCGGGAAUCAUCGGAGCUGCUGGCUUUGCUGCCUUCUCCACAGCCAUUGAUUACUACAUGAGACAUCGAUAGGGAGAGAGAAUUGCUAGAUGUAUAACUGAAAUUUAGAUUAGAGCUGUUAGAAGAAAACAUGAUUCCAAGAGAUACACUUUCCCAGACUCUCAGGAUAAUCAGCGAAAGAGAGCGAGAGCGAAGUGGCAAAAGAGGAAGGCCACAGAGAGAGAGAGAGAGAGCAGUGUGAAUUGUCCCAGUGUUCAACAGUCAGGCGCAAUAUUGAUUUCCUAGAG